CUGGAAUGGACUUGUAGCUCUUUGGAAGUCGGACCACUGCUCGUACCCGUCCUAGGAUCACUCUGCACCAUGUCUAUAACACAAGAACUUCUUAUUAACGCCCACCCGGGUCCUCGUAAAGUCGUUCACCCAAGCUCGUCCAAGCUGUCAGCCAAGAGCAACAGGAGUCAUGGGCAUGGAGACCCUUCCAGUAAUGGACCAAUAAAAAGCAGGAAAAAUGCUUCACAUUCCGCCUUUAGGAAGGAAAUUCUCUACCGUGCCGUCAAUGAGCAUCAGCUCCAAGCGUCGAUGCUCAAUGCUUACGCAGAUCUGCUUGAACGACUGGGCUUCGAUCUGAACGCCUACAUUUCUAAUGGGCAGACUUGGUAUCUUUGCAAGGGAAAGCAGGACAACAAGUCGUCGUGCCAACGGCUCAUACCAGAAGUUUACCUUGAAGCCUCCAUUGGUGAGAUUCUGAAGGCCGCUGACACGACCGAAACGACUGGCGAUUCGCUGGUGGACCACUUGGCGAACGCCCUCUCAUACGCUAUCUGCGAGCAUCACAAGGAGAUUCACAGAUUCGUUCGUGCCAUAGAGAUGCGGCAGAUCAUUGAGCAGUGGAGGGCUUCUAAGCAUAUUCCCAAAGAGAGUACCGACUCCACGAAAGAAGAAUCGUUAUCAACAGAGGCCUUUCCUAUGCCAAACUCAACUCCAGUCUCCCCUCGGCCGAUGAUUAACGGACCAUUGGCCGCUACGCUGGAGACCUCGCACUCCACGGAGUCGAAAUCUGAGCCACAGAUGCCAGCGCAGUCGGGAACGCCGCCAGGGACACUACAGACAACCGAGCAUAAUUCUGAAACGAAAGGAGACAAAUCUUCCGAUCAUAUUCAGAACAAACCAAGGCCCAGAAGAUCCAAGGAAGACGAUCGCAUCUCCGACAAGCAGGUUGUAGAAGGAUCAGAAGGACCUGAGGAGGAAGAAGAUGAAUUGGCAUUUUCGAAGAAGCCCAAGGAGAUACUAGAAGUUGAGAAGGCAUUCCAGUCUUAUCUCCGUGCUGGGAACGCCAGAGAGGCAAGAAGCGGGUCGAACGCAAGCUCAGGGGAAUCAUCUGCUGGCAGCAGGUCGUCUUUUACACGGUCCCUACGGCCUAGGGCGGAAAGUCUACACGUUUCCAUGAUUGCAGACGAAGCCCAGUGAACGACAGAGAUCCAAAGAGACUCAGAACAGCAGUAAAGCGGCGAAAGCAAGUAUUCGACUUCAUCCGAGUCCGAUGACGGCUUACAGAAGCACUGGGCGAUUCAGUGAGGACCAUCCUGACCGACUGCGAAGGCUCAUUCAGUGAUGACAGCACAAGAGCAGCCAUGAUAGACGUGCGCGCCAUCCUCAGAGCUGCCUAUCGCACACACACCCAGCCCCUGGGGUACUGCAUGACGAUUUUCUUUUCGCAGGCGACCUUGUGCCGACUCAGAUCUGUCGGGAAUGAAAAAAAUCCGAAGAUAGAUCACGGACAUAGCAGGCUCAGUGAGUUUGAGAGCUGUCGUCCCGUGACAUUGGGGAGCUUCGACGCUAGCCAUUGUCACCAAAUUAUUGCACACC